AUGGAUAAUAGGGUAUUUUUUCUUGGUCUUUUAUUAUUCGUAUUUGGUGGUGUUAAUGGAUUUCCCAUGAAUGAUGUAAUAGAAAAAUUGCCCGAACAGCCAAACGUAACUUUUAGGCAAUUUUCUGGCUACAUUGACACUGAUGAAAAGGCCGGUAGAAGUUUAUUCUAUUAUUUUGUCGAAGCUGAAAAAAAUCCAAUGAAUCUACCGCUUACUAUCUGGCUAACUGGAGGACCAGGUUGUGGUUCAGUUGGAGAUGGGUUUUUAAGUGUUGGUCCUUUCAUUACUACAGCUAAUGCUCAUGGUCUCCAAAGAAAUCCAUAUUCUUGGAUCAAAGUGACAAAUCUCCUGUUCAUUGAUUCCCCUAUUGGAGCGGGAUGGUCCUACUCAAACACAAGCAGCGACUAUGAAGUUGGGGAUGAUAGUACUAAUAAAGACUUGCUUACGUUCAUACUCCAAUGGUUUGAAAAGUACCCAAAUUUUAAGUCUAGAGAUUUAUAUCUUGGCGGAUCAAGCUAUGCAGGACACUUCAUACCCAAUUUUGCUAAUGCCUUACUUGAUUACAACAAACAAUCAAACAGUUUCAAGUUCAACAUCAAAGGAUUGACAUUGGGGAAUCCGCUUCUUCGAAAUAAGCUAGACACUCUUGCAGUAUAUGAUUUCUUUUGGUCACGUGGGAUGAUUAAUAUUGACUUGCACCAACAAAUCUUGAAAGAAUGCAAUGGAAUUGAUGAGGACAACUAUUCCAAUAAUGCUACCAAAUGGUCUGAAUCAUGCCAACAAGCCAUGGAUAAAGCGGAAAUGGCUGCUUUUAUUGUAUCUUCCGUUAAUGCGGCCAAGGCAAGACGCUUUGAUGUUCUUCGAGACCCUUGUGAUGAAAAAUGGGAAGACCUCGUGUUAGGGAAGGAGGUUACGAAAGUUAGUUAUGAAGUAGAUAUGUGCAUUCCUUUCAGGGCAGAUUUCUAUUUCAACAUUCCGGAAGUUCAAAAAGCUUUUCAUGGGAAUCGAACCAAUUUAGGAUAUCAAUGGAAGGGUUGUUUUGAGAAAAGUGGUCUUAAAUACAGUGAUGUUGAUAAGGACAUUGACAUGCUUCCGGCAUUGAAAAAAAUUCUCCAGCAAUCUAUUCCCAUUACAAUAUUCAGUGGAGACCAAGAUGCUAUAGUACCAACGGUUGGAAGCUUAAACCAUGUAAACAAGCUCGCCAAGGAUAUGAAAUUGAAUUUGACAAAAGAUGAAGCUUGGAAUCAUGAAAACAAGGGUGGAGGUUGGAUGUAUUCGUAUGGUAAUUUAUUGACUUACAUGACUGUAAAAGGAGCUAAUCAUCAUGUAACUUUUUCUAAACCAUCUGAAGCUUUAUUUAUUUUCACGAAUAUUGUACUUAAUCGAUCACAUUGAGGCAGCGAAUCGCAGCCAAGCCUUGCUGUGUCAUCUUUUCAUCUUCUUCCAAAAGAAAAAAAAACCCAUGAUUGUAAUUUUAUGUUUUGUUGUAAUGAGAUGUAUAGCAUUAUUUUAUGAAACGAAAACAUCUUUCUUUUUUUUU